AUGAAUCGGCCAGGACCAGGGCCGCAGCCGCUACGAGGCAUGCCCGGAUUCCCCGCGCAGCAACAAUCACAAGCUCGAAAUGCGACAUUGGCCACAGCACGAUUGCCUAACGGAAAACUCGGUGGCGCAGCUAAUUGGAACUUCAAUCUCCCCGGAACAUCCACUCUCCAAAGCAACCAGCAACGCACCAUGGGCACAAUGGGCAGCUUCGCGCAGAGUCUAGGUGGUUCUCAACCAGUAACGGCUCUAGAUCUUUCUGAAUUCCCCUCCCUUUCCGGCGCAUCGCAACAAUCACAAUCCCAGAACCCUGUAUGGGCCAACGCGAGUCAACGAGCUGCGCAACAUACACCCGUCCAGAGACAACAGCACCCUCCGACGUCGCAACCCCCUUCACGAGCUUCACAGACUCAACAGCUUCCCGUGCAGCAACCUUCCCAGCCUCCCCACGAUGACAUGUUCCCUUCCGGUGCCCAGUUUGCGAACCGCCUGGACGAUUUCAGGAACGGAGGACAAGGGAUCAGUAGUCAGAUCGGGGCUGGAAGCCAACCUCAAACAGGAAACAUCGAAGAAUUCCCACCUCUAGGACGCAAUGUUGGAAACAUUGGCAAUGUUGCCGCCGAGCUGGCCCAAGAACGUCGGACUUCCUUGAUGCAAGGUGCGGCCUUUGGCACUUACAAUUCUGGUAUUGGAACAUCACGGUCGCCGGUCAACCAAGGGCCUAAUGGGGCGUUGGGGCAGGAUAAAGAAGACCUGAACAACACCCUCAUGUCGGGUCAGCGCAACUUCAGCGAUCCGCAACAACAAUUGCAACAGCGCCAACAGCAGGCAAAUGAGGGUCAAGAAGCUUCUGCCGCUGCUCAAAGUGCGGAGCAACCGCCUCUCGCUCAGAUGAGUGAGCUAGACCGGUUUGGACUCAGCGGGCUCCUACGCAUGAUUCACAGCGAAAGCCCCGACGUGGCCAGCCUUGCAGUCGGACAGGACCUGAUGACGCUUGGUUUGGACUUGAAUCAGCCCGAGCCUCUUCACACUUCGUUCGCCUCGCCCUUUGUAUCCUCCAUGUCUGCCGUCCCCCUAGAACAGGAUUUCUCCCUACCAUCAUGCUACAAUGUCGCCAACAUCCAGCCUCUCUCGUCAAGGAUCCCUGGAUUCAGCGACGAGACCCUCUUCUACAUCUUCUACAGCAUGCCGCGGGACAUCAUGCAGGAACUAGUGGCGGAGGAGUUGAUGGGCCGCAAAUGGCGUUACCACAAGCUUGAGCGAUGCUGGUUGACCCGUGACGAGACAUAUCCCGGUCCUGUUGACGUGGAACGUGGCGUGAGUGAGCGUGGUGUGUACCUUCUAUGGGAUCACACUAGCUGGAAGAAGGUUCGGCGCGAAUUUAUCCUCCGAUAUGAAGAUUUGGACAAUCGGCUGGAUAACCGCACUGUGAACCGCGCCGCAGUUGGGCAGGCGCAUGCUUCAUGA